AUGUUCGUCUCCCGCUCGCGCGAGUCGCGAGUCCUAUCCGUUCAGUGGGCCAAAGAAGUAGAUGCCUACAUAUUCGGAAACCUCAAUGUUUUCAAGGUGCUCAACAUUCAGCUUCUCAUCCUCUCCAUGUUUCAAAACUUUGCCUACAGGCAGUUCGGCAAGAUGUGGCUGCUCAUCAGCAUGGCCGCGAGGUUAGCAGUCUCAUUCCAGCUUAACGACGAGAGACCGGCGUCCGAAAAUGAUCCCACCGCUACGCUAAUCAAGCGAGAGUGCGAGCGGCGGCUGGUGUGGCAUGUGUGGAGUAUGGAUAAGAUGCUCUCAGCGGGUCUGGAUGAGUUCACCUCGUUGCCAGAUCGAUUAACAAAGAGAAUCGUCAUAGAUAGCCACUCAGACCACUCCCCAGACGCAGUCUCCAAAGCAGUCACAACCAUGAAAGACCUACGAGACCGAUUAAGAUCCUUCCUCAAAAACACACCAAAACACCUGCAACUGAGCGAACUCAACAUGUUCUCCCAUUCAACUACAUCAGAGUUCUCAUCUUACCUCACGCUUAAUUCGUGGUACCUUCAGUGCGCCUGCGACCUCUUCCGCGUCGCCCUGCCAGCCGCGUACAGGGAGAGCGCAUCGCCGAAAUUCCUCGCGAGCGCUCCACCAGCCUUUGUAUCCGAGUGGCGCGCACUUGCGGUAUCUCACGCUCUACGUCAGGCGAGACUAUGGGAGCAUCUCCAGAAGCUCCGAGCCAAGGGCGCCCUGCAAUCGAAGCAGACGCGUAUCCCUCUCCGUCUGGGGUACGGCAGCAUGGUGCAUCAGUGUACCAAGACCCUCCUCACGGCGCGACGGUGCAAGCUAUACGAUGGCCUUGUCGACCCGAUUACUGGCGAAACUGCAGAGCUCAAUGACGAGGCCGUGGAGGCCUUGUGCCAGAGCAACAUCACCUUGCUGGACGACAUGGCCAAGAUCGCACCCAUCAUCGCGGUACUACAGCAAGACGUCGAAAAGAUGGUUGAAGCCGAUAAAGACAGAAGACAAAACGAUGCAGAGACGCAAGAGCUCGCGCCAGUCAGUAGCGAAGUCCAGCGGAACAACCUGCUGAGCAGAUAUCACCCGUUAUCUCAGAGCUUCGAUAGCAACGCGAAGACGGCGGACGAAGUCGCGCUACAGCACUCUGACCCUCCUCAAACGCCUUCGAUCCUCCAGGCCUCAGAAACGACGGACAUGACCAUGACGGACUCUGUCGAUAUCUACCCGGCCUCUCUAGCCAGCGCGGCUGGUCUCAACGACAUUGGCUCCAGUCUGGCUGGACCGCUUACCUGGUCCGGCUUUGCAGAAAACCAGCUGGCACCUGAUUACUUUGUAGCCCCUUCGCAGUUUGACAUGAGCGGUGAGCUAAGCUGGUUUCUAUCGGGCUACAUGGAUCCGGAUCCCGCCAGUGUCUGA